AUGGUAAAGCAUGGACACACCUGGGAUAUUGGCUGCAACAAAUGCACCUGUAAUGGGUACACUGGAAAGGUGACAUGUACACCAAAUAAGUGUGAAAAUGAAACAGUCUGUGGUGAAAAUGAAAGAAAGGUAUUUGGAGAUCCAACAAAGCAGUCUGGGGACUCUUGCUGUGGAUAUUGUGAGCCACUGACAUGCAGACAUAAUGGAACGGAAUAUAAGAUGAAUGACUCCUUCAGGGAUCCAGAGAAUCCAUGUGUAGUUUACACAUGUAAUGCGACUGGUUUGACAGCAUGGGUUGACACAUGUCCAAAACAGAAGUACUGCACAAAGGAUAGAAGAGAGUAUGAUGAACAUAAUUGCUGCUAUACAUGUGACACAUCAUGUAAACCAGUAUCAACAUCAAUGAAUUUAUCGGUUACAUAUGCAGAUUCAAAAGAUAAGGUCCUCCAAAAAUGCUCAGCGUCUGUUCAAAUGGCAAAAUGCAAUGGAGAGUGUAAAGAUGUACUAAGAUACGACUCCGAUGUUCAUAUAGUGAAGAAUGAUUGCUUCUGCUGCAAACAACAAUCUACGGAAGACAGGAACAUUACACUGGCAUGUAAAGACGGCAGCAAUAGGACAUAUUUGUACAAGCACAUAACCUCUUGCAAAUGCAUUGAUUGUGCCUAAUAAAUAAUAAUUUAGAAAUAUUCAAACAUUGAUUAAAUGAAUGCACAUUAUUAAACAAAGACAAAAUUAUAUUGAGACCUGCUAGUGCCAAGCUUUAUAGGUAUAUUUGUAGUGAGCAU